AUGUUCACUCCUGAACAAUUUGCGGCAAAUUAUUAAAUCAAUUUCUCUAAAUUGAUAGGCAAAGGACAUGAUAGUACAGUAUUUUUGACUAUGAACAAAUAAACUAAUCAAUAAUUUGCAUUAAAAUGUUUGGCAUAAACCAUUGAGUAAAAUGCUAUUAAUUUAUUCAACGAGAUCCAAAUACUUCGUCAUAUCUAACAUCCGCACAUUAUAACUAUGGUUGGAUAUUGUUCAGACUGUUCCUGUAUGCUGCUUGAAUUAAUGUCAUUUGGUUCUCUUUAUAAAAUCUUACUGUAAGGUCCUUUGCCAUUAGCAAUUGCAAAUGGAAUAAUAAUCUAAAUUGCUUAGGCUUUAGAAUAUCUUCAUGCAAAAGGAAUAACUCACGGAGACAUCAAAUUGGAUAACCUCCUGAUUUCUGGAGAUUACAUUAUAAAAAUAUGUGAUUUUGGAUUUGCUAAAAUUAAUGGGCAGACUCCAAUUCCAAAGAUUACUGUAUCUGGGAGUGAAGGAUAUACAGCGCCUGAAAUAUGGUUGGUUCCAACAGAUUUGAAAAAAUGUGACAUGUUUUCUUUGGGAGUGGUGUAUUUUAUAAUGAUAACAGGGCAUCCUCCAUUUGAAUCAAAUAAUCCAUAAAUAGAGGAUGCUUGGUGGAAGCUUAUUAAGAAAGAGUAAUGGAACGUGUUUUGGAAAGAAUUAAAAUUAUCAAUACUACCAGAAUAUGUUAGAACAAUUAUUUAAAAAUUACUAUGCGUAAACUAUCAGACGAGAUAUUCAGCAGAUGAAAUCAUGUAAAUAUUAAUGGAUAAAUGUGCUACGUCAGAUCAGAUAGUUGAUGAAAUAAAAAAAAGGAUCAUUUAGUAAAAAUGAAAUAUUUGUAUUUAUAUUAAAUUAUGAAACAGUUUAUGUAAUUAGAGCAAA